GGUAUGCAUACCCGUGUGUAAGCGAAACAAAUUGAGUAUUCGAUUAUAAAUCUGAGUGAAAAUGGAGAGGCCAGCAACAGAAGCUGAUAAGAAAUAUGAAAAAUGGCUGAAAGAAAAAUCGAAUGGUAUACUGGUUGCAGCAUCAUUGACGGCAACGAUGGCAUAUACCACUGCCCUGACUCCACCUGGAGGUGUUUGGCAAGAAAACUACAAUGAAAUUCCUCCCGGAACCACCUAUUUCAGCAGGCGAGUCGGAUUAUCAGUACUUGCUGAAUCGAAUCCGCAUGGUCUAACUGGUUUCUCUGCACUUUUGGGUUUUAAUACUGUGGGAUUCAUCUGUUCUAUAACCGUCUCCACCUUCGCAUCGGUUUAUAAUUACGGCUUACGUGUAGCGAAAGAAACGGUGCCCCAUCAAACCUCUAGAUAAGAGAUCAAUCGAAGAAAUAACUAGUAGUAGUAAUGGUGCUUUGAACUCAAAAAUCAAAGGUAUGUCCAAAAGUUUAAGCGACCCUAAUAAGAUUUCAGCAGUAGAACUCAUUUAAGCAAGCGUUGAGGUUGGGCUUUGGUUCUUCGAAAACAAGAUCGUCAAAAUAUGUUUAAUAAUAGUGAUUGUUGGUGGAUUGCAAAUUUCUUUGUGAAAUACCGAGUCGUAUCUUCUUUGUUGAUGUUCUUGUGAAACCUAGAGCUUCUUAUUGUCUUAAGAGAUUUAAAAUGUUAUCUUGUUUUUCCUUUCCCUCUCCUUUGUAAUCGCUUACACAGUGAUUUGUGCGUUUCUCAAUAUUAUUACGUCUGCCAGUGAAACUAAUAAUAAUUAGACAUCGUUAAUAUUUUUCUUCGGCA